AUGAAGGAACAACUCGAAAACCUGAAUUUGAAUUUGGAAUCGGAAGAAGACGAGGAAAAUGGUUGGUAUAGUAUUCCGCUGGAAAUGAGAGAAAUCGUCUUGGAAAAGAUGACAACUGAAACAAAACGACGAUUCUCGAUGUGCUCCAAAGAUUGUUUGAAGAAGGUUAGAAGAUCGAAGAAGUUUUUGAGAAAAAUCUCAUUGAUUUGGACAAAAUGUAAUGUUAGAAUGGAAGUUUUGAUUGGCGAUGAUUUUUAUGUUAAAUUCAUGUUUUUUCAAAAUAUGGAGCAAGAGACAAACUGUUGGAGCAUUGGGCCGAAUUAUAGCGAAACUUUCAAAGUUGUUGGAGAUAUUCAUAGUGGUGGUCUUGAAUAUUUUCAAAAGUUUAUUGAAGAUGCGAUUCAUCUUGAAAAUCUUGAAUUGAAAGUGGUGAGCAAAUUAUUUCAGGAUUAAUUUUCAAUAAUAAUAAUAAUAUAUCUAAUUUAGGAUAACUUCCCAUUCGAUAAAAUCAAUAUUCACCAUCUGAAGAAACUCAAAAACUUGAGAAUCAAGAAAGCUGACAAUACUGAAGAGGAUUUUAUUGAUCCGUUCAAAGCUGGUUUCUUGAAUUUCGCGCAAGUUUCAACAAUUGAAAAUAGUAUUCGAUUGGAGAAUUGUCAAAGUUUGAAUUUGGCGCAAGUUUGUGAAUUGAAAGCGGGAUUUAUUUGCUUGAAAAAUCUUCGUUUAUCAACUGAGAAUAUCGAACAAUAUUUGAAAUUGUGGGAAAAUGGAGAAGUUGGGGAGAAUAUUCAAAAAGUAUUCAUGAAAACAAUCGAGGAAAUCAAUCGAGAAGAGGUUUUGAGAGAUUUUGAAACUAUUGGCAAGCAUGAGAGGUGAGUUUUGGGUUUGAAGAAUUUUAAUUCUUUAAAUGAAUAUAUUUAUAUUUAGCAACGAUGGAAAGAUCUGGUUGAAACUUCGAAAUUCGGCUGGAGAAACUGCUGAAGUUUCGGUGUCUCGCAAUUCGAUGUCAAUUAAUUUAAGAACAUCGGAUGACGAGGACGAUUUUGAGUAUGAAAAUCUGGAAGAUUCUAAAGACGGACUCCAUUUGGAAAAUUUUGUUGUACGAGUUUCUUGA